UCGCUCAGCUGCUUUUAAAGCUCUCUGCACUCCCCUUGCGGUUUUUAUUUAGAAAGCGUCUUCAACAGGAAGCUCAGCAUUUCCAAGCUCAACUGGUGAAAACUAUUGGCGUGACAAUGUCCGAAGCCGCAGAAAGAGACACUUUAUGUUUUUUUGUCAACGGGAAAAAGGUGACUGAAGAGCACGUGGAUCCUGAGACCAGGCUGUUGUCCUUCCUGAGACAAAAGCUGAGGUUAACUGGAACCAAAUAUGGCUGCGGAGGAGGAGGCUGCGGUGCGUGCACCGUGAUGGUGUCACGCUAUCGAACUUCAAACAAAACCAUUGUUCAUUACUCGGCCAACGCCUGCCUGAUGCCACUCUGCCAGCUUCACGGAGCCGCCAUUACCACCGUCGAGGGCGUUGGGAGUACCAAGACCAGGAUCCACCCUGUCCAGGAGCGAAUAGCGAAAGCGCAUGGCUCCCAGUGCGGCUUCUGCACGCCAGGCAUGGUGAUGUCUAUGUACACCCUUCUGCGGAACACUCCUCAGCCCAGCCUAGAUGACAUCACCGAGGCAAUGGCUGGGAAUCUGUGCCGCUGCACUGGAUAUCGGCCCAUUGUUGACGGCUGCAGGACCUUCUGUCAAGAAGUCAACUGCUGCCAAGUCAACGGUGGGAAAAACUGCUGCAGCGAGGAAGAAAAAUAUGAUGAAACUCCAUUGCUGUUUGACAAGUUGGACUUUCUGCCACUGGACGCAACACAAGACCUGAUCUUUCCCCCGGAACUGAUUCUGAUGGCGGAAACUGACAGGCCGCAGACACUCACAUUUCGUGGGGAGAGAAUGACCUGGAAGUCCCCUGUUCUGCUAGAGGAGCUGGUCCAGCUCAAGACCAGCAACCCAAAGGCUCCGCUGAUCAUGGGGAAUACUAAUUUAGGUCCGGAUAUGAAAUUCAAGGGUGUUACGCAUCCAUUGGUGAUAUCUUCCAUCCGAGUAUUGGAGCUCUUUGAGGUGACUGAGACGCCACAUGGUGUUUGGGUGGGAGCGGGCUACACCCUCUCUGAGACCCGGGCUAUUUUGAAUAAGUUUUGCUGCCAGUUUCCAGAGGAGAAGACAGAGCUGUUCAGAGCGCUCAUCAAGCAGCUAGGGAAUUUGGGAAGCCAGCAGAUCCGCAAUGUUGCUACUCUGGGAGGAAACAUUAUGAGUGCAUAUCCAAACUCUGAUCUAAACCCAGUUUUUGCUGCCGGUAACUGCAGCGUGAGCGUCAUCAACAGUGAAGGAAAACGGGAGGUUCCACUCAAUCAGGACUUCUUUGUGAGCCUUGGGAAGACCAUCUUGAAGCCAGAGGACAUUGUUGUCUCUGUGCUAAUCCCUUUCUCCAGAAAGGGAGAGUUUGUUCGAGCAUUCCGUCAGGCUCCAAGAAAGAAGAGUGCAUUUGCUACUGUGACCACUGGGAUGCGAGUGAUGUUCUCUAAAGGGUCCAGAAUAGUAGAAGAUAUCAGUAUUUACUACGGAGGUGUAGGCGCAACCACGGCCAGCGCCGCCAAAACCUGUGCUGCCAUCAUUGCACGACCGUGGAAUGAUGAAACCCUCAACCAGGCUUACGACAUCCUCAUCAAAGAAUUUGACCUCCCACCUUCGAUUCCAGGAGGAAAAGCAGAGUUCCGUCGCUCUCUGACUCUCAGUUUCCUUUUCAAAUUCAAUCUAGAGAUCCUUCAGACCCUCAGAAAGAUGAACGUGAUUGAAGAGGAAGUCACGGAGAAGAUUGAGCCGCUGCCAAGAGAGAUCCAGCGAAGCCAACAGGAGUUCCAUAAUGUCUCUGAGGGCCAGAGCGAACAUGACCCAGUGGGCCGACCCGUCAUGCAUCGAUCCGCCAUCAGCCAGGCCACUGGAGAGGCAGUUUACUGCGAUGAUCUCCCGACAAUUGAUGGCGAACAUUUCCUGGCUCUGGUCACCAGCUCAAAAGCACAUGCCAAGAUCAUAAGCGUGGAUGUGAGCAAUGCCCUACUACUUCCCGGUGUCAUUGACGUCAUCACGGCCAAAGAUAUUCCUGGGAAGAAAACCCGCAUCAUUUGUGGUUAUGAUGAAGACAUGCUUGCUGGGACACAGGUGUCAUGCAUCGGUCACAUAGUGUGUGCUGUCUUGGCGGACUCCAGAGUUCAUGCCAAAAGAGGUGCGUCAGCAGUGACUAUCAGCUAUGAAGACUUGCCAGACCCCAUUUUUACUAUCGAGGACGCCAUUAAGCAGUCAUCCUUCUAUGAGCCACAGAGGAAGAUUGAGAGAGGAAAUGUGACAGAGGCCUUCAAGGGUGUCGAUCUGGUUCACGAAGGAGAGAUUCGUAUAGGCGGCCAGGAACAUUUCUACAUGGAGACUCAGAGCAUGUUGGUCGUACCAGUGGGAGAGGAAAGGGAGUUGAACGUUUAUGCGUCUUCUCAGUGGCCAACAGCACUUCAGAUGGCCGUUGCUGAAACGUUGGCCAUCCCGUGUAACCGAGUGAUCUGUCACGUCAAAAGAUUGGGCGGGGCAUUUGGAGGGAAAGUUGUAAAAACCAACAUACUUGCUUGUAUCACGUCUGUGGCUGCGUGGAAGCACAACUGUCCGGUCCGCUGUGUUCUGGAACGAGGUGAGGACAUGCUGAUCACUGGCGGACGUCAUCCUGUGCUGGGCAAAUACAAGGUUGGCUUCCAGAAAGAUGGAAAGAUCCUGGCGGCAGAUAUCCAGAUCUACACCAAUGCUGGCAAUGCAGUCGAUGAAUCAGUCUUUGUAGUAGAGAAGAUACUGCUUGAACUGGACAACGCCUACAACAUUCCCAAUUUGCGUGGCCGAGCUGCCGCCUGCAGAACCAACCUGCCCUCCAACACAGCCUUCAGAGGCUUCGGGGUGCCUCAAGGUGCUUGUAUUGUGGAGAACAUGAUACAUGAUGUGGGAAUGGCGCUACAGUUUCCUGUGGAUAAGAUUCAAGAGAUCAAUAUGUACAGAGGACCAUCACUCACCCACUACAAGAUGGAGUUCAGCCCAGAGAACUUACUGCGCUGCUGGGACAAAUGUAAAGUCAAGUCUGACUAUAAUGGCCGCUGCGAUGCUGUAGACAAGUUUAACCAGCAGAACCGCUGGAAGAAGAGAGGAAUAGCCAUUACCCCGAUUAAAUAUGGCAUCGGCUUUGCAGAAGGCUUCAUGAACCAAGGCGCCGCUCUGGUGAACAUCUAUGUAGAUGGCUCGGUUCUGGUGACUCAUGCUGGGACAGAGAUGGGUCAAGGAGUCCACACUAAAAUGCAACAGGUGGCCAGUCGUGAGCUUCACAUCCCCCCCUCAAAGGUCUACAUCAGUGAAACCAACACCAGCACUGUUCCUAACACCUUCCCCUCCGCCGCCUCCUAUGGCACAGACGCCAACGGCAUUGCCGUAAAGAAUGCUUGCCAGACUCUCUAUCAGCGACUGGAGCCAGUCCGACUGAAGAACCCCAAAGGAACAUGGGAGAAUUGGGUCUUUGAAGCCAUUAUGGAGAAGAUCAGUUUAUCUGCCACUGGGUACCACAGGGGUGCUGACUCUCACAUGGACUGGGACAAGAUGGAGGGCCGCCCCUACCCUUAUUUCACAUUCGGGGUCUGCUGUAGUGAGGUGGAGCUAGACUGCCUCACCGGUGACUACAUGACGGUGAGGACAGACAUUGUAGUGGACAUUGGCCAGAGUUUGAACCCGUCAGUGGACGUCGGCCAGAUUGAAGGUGCCUUCACGCAGGGUUUGGGUCUGUACACGCUGGAGGAGUUGAAGUUUUCUCCUUCUGGGCUUCUGUACACCCGAGGUCCAUCACAGUAUAAAAUACCCGCUGUUUGCGACAUGCCCCUCAGCUUCAAUGUCUAUCUCCUCUCGGACUCCUACAAUCCCCAUGCCGUCUACUCUUCCAAGGGUAUCGGGGAACUCACCCUCUUCUUGGGCAGCUCAGUGUUCUUCGCCAUCAAACAUGCUAUUGCAGCAGCACGCAAAGAGGUCGGCCUAACGGGCUGUUUUUCUCUCAACAGCCCUGCUACUGCGGAGAGAAUUUGCCUCGCCUGCGCAGCCCCCUUUACCCAAAAGAUUCAAGCGAGCAAAACAGGAUCCGUCCAUCAACCUUGGGCCCUAAACAUUUAAAACCCUCACCUACCUGAUGUGACUGUAGACCAUUAUUUUACGCGCAAAUUGUUAACUCUCUCUCAAUGAUUCUGCUCUUAAUGUACUCUUAAUAAAGUUAAAGGCCUACUGAAAGCCACUACUAGCGACCACGCAGUCUGAUAGUUUAUAUAUCAAUGAUGAAAUCUUAACAUUGCAACACAUGCCAAUACGGCCGGGUUAACUUAUAAAGUGACAUUUUAAAUUUCCCGCUAAACUUCCGGUUGAAAAACUCCUUUGGAUAUGACUUAUGCGCGUGACGUCACAAAAUCCACGGAAGUGGUUGGACCCCAUCGGACCCGAUACAAAAACCUCUUGUUUUCUUCGACAAAAUUCCACAGUAUUCUGGACAUCUGUGUUGGUGAAUCUUUUGCAAUUUGUUUAAUGAACAAUGGAGGCUGCAAAGAAGAACGUUGUAGGUGGGAUCGAUCGGUGUAUUAGCGGCUAAGUACAAUACUUACAGCAACACAACAAAGACUACUUACUUAGCAGACGCCUAGCCGCCAAACCCACGGAUGAAGUCCUUCGUCGCGCCGUCGAUCGCUGGAACGCAGGUGAGCACGGCUGUUGAUGGGAAGAUGAGGGCUGGCUGGCGUAGGUGGAGCGCUAAUGUUUUUAUCAUAGUUCUGUGAGGUCCGGUUGCUAAGUUGCUAAAUUAGCCUUGGCGUCGUUAGCAACAGCAUUGUUAAGCCUUACCAGGCUGAUAAUUUUUAACCGUGUAGUUACAUGUACAUGGUUUAAUAGUAUUGUUGAUCUUCUGUCUAUCCUUCCAGUCAGGGGUUUAUUUCUUUUGUUUCUAUCUGCAUUUGAGACAGAUGCUAUCACGUUAGCUCAUGCUACAGAGGUUCGUCGAUGAUGGGUGUCCUUCGUCGCGCCGUCGAUCGCUGGAACGCAGGUGAGCACGGCUGUUGAUGUAACCGUGUAGUUACAUGUACAUGGUUUAAUAGUAUUGUUGAUCUUCUGUCUAUCCUUCCAGUCAGGGGUUUAUUUCUUUUGUUUCUAUCUUCAUUUGAGAACGAUGCUAUCACGUUAGCUUAGUAGCUAAGUGUGUCACGGAUGUAUUGUCGUGGAGAUAAAAGUCACUUUAAAUGUCCAUUUCGCGUGCUCGACUCUCAUUUUCAAGAGCAUAUAGUAUCCAAGGUGGUUUAAAAUACAAAUCCGUGAUCCACAAUAGAAAAAGGAGAGUGUGGAAUCCAAUGAGCCAGCUUGUACCUAAGUUACGGUCAGAGCGAAAAAAGAUACGUCCAUCACUGCCUCUCUAGUCCUUCACUCUAACGUUCCUCAUCUACGAAUCUUUCAUCCUCGCUCAAAUUAAUGGGGUAAUCGUCGCUUUGUCGCUCCGAAUAUCUCUCGCUCAAUUGUAAACAAAGGAAAAUUGUGAGGAAUAUUACCUCCUGUGACGUCACGCUACUUCCGGUACAGGCAAGGCUUUUUUUUAUCAGCGAGCAAAAGUUGCGAACUUUAUCGUCGAUUUUCUCUACUAAAUCCUUUCAGCAAAAAUAUGGCAAUAUCGCGAAAUGAUCAAGUAUGACACAUAGAAUGGAUCUGCUAUUCCCGUUUAAAUAAAAAAAAAUUCAUUUCAGUAGGCCUUUAAAGUACCAAUGAUUGUCACACACACACUAGGUGUGGCGAAAUUAUUCUCUGCAUUUGACCCCAUCACCCUUGAUCACCCCCUGGGAGGUGAGGGGAGCAGUGACCGGCAGCGGUGGCCGCGCCCGGGAAUCAAUUUUGGUGAUUUAACCCCCAAUUCCAACCCUUGAUGCUGAGUGCCAAGCAGGGAGGUAAUGGCUCCCAUUUUUAUAGUCUUUGGUAUGACUCGGCCGGGGUUUGAACUCACAACCUACCCAUCUCAGGGCGGACACUCUAACCACUAGGCCACUGAGUAGGUAUAUGUAACACAGAAUCGGUACUGAAUGGGUUAACGUUUUUGCUCAUCUUUUCAUAGAAAAUACAAAACAUGUGUUGCGGUUCCAUGUGGGGAGCAGCAGUGAGGCUUUAGAAGUUAAUAUGACACUAAGGGGUGUCCCGAUACAACUCUUUUAUUUCUGAUACCACACCGAUAUUGGGGCCUUUAGGUAUUAGAUCGAUACUGAUAUUAAUCUAAUACAAUGUCAACACGAAUCAUAAUACAUACGGGUAGUCAUAGGCGCCGAUCUACAUUUCUGCCAGUGGGUGCUCGGACGGGCGGUAAAUCUGACGCUACUUUUCUAAACAUGCGCGGUUUUUGCUUGGUGGUGAGAAAGAAUUUGCCAUCAAUCCCACGUGGGUGCUCGGCAUUGUCCGUGGGUGCUUCGGGGCGCCUGUUGUGUUAGAAAAGGCUUGUUGAAGUGAAAUUCCUAUGAACAACACUAACCUCAUGACAGAAUUGUGCUGUCUUUGAAUUGGAGUGGUACUUUUGUUUUUGGCAUUCUGGUGGCAUUUCUGACCUUGUGAACCAUAUUUUGUGUCUGUCGGAGUCUGGAGAGAGAGCGAGGUCGAAAAGAGUUUCUUUUUUUUCUCUUCUGAACCAUUGAAGGAGCAUAUGUGGGUUAUAGUUGAACGAGUGGUCGGCCUGACCAUUCUACAAAAUGUUUUGAUUGUUUGUUAUGGCAGGGGUCACCAACGCGGUGCCCGCGGGCACCAGGUAGCCCGUAAGGACCAGAUGAGUAGCCCGCUGGCCUGUUCUAAAAAUAGCUCAAAUAGCAGCACUUACCAGUGAGCUGCCUCUAUUUUUUAAAUUGUAUUUAUUUACUAGCAAGCUGGUCUCGCUGUGCUCGACAUUUUUAAUUCUAAGAGAGACAAAACUCAAAUAGAAUUUGAAAAUCCAAGAAAAUAUUUUAAAGACUUGGUCUUCACUUGUUUAAAUAAAUUCAUAAUUUUUUUUACUUUGCUUCUUAUAACUUUCAGAAAGACAAUUUUAGAGAAAAAAUACAACCUUAAAAAUGAUUUUAGGAUUUUUAAACACAUAUACCUUUUUACCUUUUAAAUUCCUUCCUCUUAUUU